CUGCCGUACAGAAAAUUUCCAAGGUGCUUUUGGUGUAAAUAUAGCAGAUUUUGGUUAUUCCGAAAGAACAGCAUUUAUAAACGACCUUUUACUUGGAAAAAUAGACAGAUCGCAUUUGAUUAAUUGCCUGAAACACUGUACAAGCGACAAUAUGCGCAACGCAUCUCUAAAUAUCAGGCACUUUGAAGCAAGAACGGAAAACUCAGAUUGCAGUUCGACAUCCUUGCAUGGUGUGUUUGUUGGUAUACAGCAAGACGAAGAUAAUUUAAAAGAAGAAUCAAAUGUUUAUAUCAUCCCGUUUCUGACAUCAGAGAACAAACACAAAGUAAAUAACAGCAGUGGGGCAAGUGAAGUCGUGAACACGUUACUAAACAGCGCCAUGUACACAAAAAAUGAAGCUGUUGUUAGGUACCGCAAGAGCGAAUCAAUACUCUCGAUGACAAAACUACCAAAGAAAGGCAAACCACGUGGAAAUAAAAUUAAAGAUGAGAAAGAAUAUGGUAGUAUAGAGCCUGGAUAUGUACAACGAAUGCGUAAGAAAUUUUCGAGUUCUGAUUUGCCCAAAUCCGAAUUAUAUCAACCGGAUGAUGACUUCACACAACAGCAAUCGCGUAAUUUGGGUAUGGAAACAUCCGAAUUCACUAAAAUUGCGAGCAUAAAUUCAAGUGCUGCCACGAUUAAAACUGUUAGUAACAAUUGCUCUGAUCUUAGCGUGACUGUGAAAAAGAGUAAUCAAAAAUCAAAGGUACCAGUUGCAAAUAUAACCCAUGACUCACUACCGCCUUCUGCCGGUUGGCCAGAUUCACGAUACUGUAGCAGUAGUGACGAUUCUUCUGAAGAAAGACCAUUUUUCAACCAAUUGGAAUCUACUAAUAUGCAUGGCAACUUCCAAAUGCCUAAUGCCACUCAUUAUGCACACAAACACAAUAUGCAGAAUGUAAUGCAAAAACCAAUACCUAUGCCAAGACAAAAACUUGUGAAAUUAAACCCACGACCCAAAAAUGAUUUGGAAAUCAUAAACAGUCAAAACAGCUGGAACAAUUUCGAAAGCAUGAACACGAUGACUCGUCAAAGACAGAAUAAUCCCAGUCAGCCUCAACAGGUUUUGAUUGGUAUGCGCCCAAGGUUUACCCAUGCAAGUUGCCCACCCCAAGACAUGGGCCACGUUCAUUCAAUGAACAGAAAUAACGUUGAUGAAGUCACUCACUUACCAAACUUACUCCACAUUGGGUCCCCUCAUAGAAGGCGGGGGAUGCGAUUCACAAACAUAGCCGAGAAACCACUCACACCAAUGGAGACGCAGCACACCUCCGAUUCAAGUUCUGUAGUAACCAACAAAGAAGGUUCAUUCACUAAACCUCUCCAAUAUCAUAAGGGGCGAAUGGAAAGUUGGGGAAAUUUAAGAGACCAAAGUUCGGAUUUUGACUUUGAUGAUCUGGUUAAAGAACGGAGUAAGUGGCGUACCUUGCGUAGAACUCGUAAAGAAACACCGCGUCACUACAUGAGUGACAGCAGUGAUACGUCACCUAGUCCAGAGCGACUCCAAUACAAUGACCAAGUUCGCCGGUGCAGUGACUUCAUGACACAAAACGUAACAAAACAAAACCGCAAGGCCAGCUUAACAAGGUCAGAGAUUCAACGACGAAUGAAAACUAAUCGUCCAAUAACUUCAUCGGACCGUGAUGAAAUAUCCAGAUAUCAUGAUGACGUGGUUGAAGUUGUUACGUUGUAUUCUUCCUCUGAUAAUGAAUGGGGUAAGUUGGGCUAUCAUGGAUUUCUUCUGUAUACAGGUAGUGGGGUAAGAUGGGACAUGUUUUAAAUCUUUUUUUUUCUCGUUAAUUUGGUAGGAAACAGAGAAUAUUUACAGAUAUAUAUCAACACCAAGCGACCAUAAAAUACGUUGUUAUUUGUUUAAAAAUCAAUUAGAAAAAGUAGGAAUUAGUUGCUAACGGUAUCCCAUCUUACCUCACAGUACUAUGUGUUUGAAAUAACAACACCAAAACAUACCUUAUAG